AUGCAACUAAGUGACAGGGAAAAGGUUUCUUGUGCUGCACAUACACUGAAGAAGGAUGCUAAGAUUUGGUGGGAAGUUGUUAAGCAGACUAGAGAAGUGAAUCAGAUGACUUGGGCAGAAUUUGAACUGGUCUUUGAUGAAAAGUUUUAUAAUGAAGCUGUGUUGACUGCUAAAGUAAGUGAGUUCACUAAAUUACAACAAGGGAAUCUUUUAGUGGCUGAGUACGUCAGGACAUUUGACCAGUUAGCCAAGUUUGCACCAGACUUGGUUAACACUGAAAUUAGUAGAGUGAAUCGCUUCCUGGAGGUUCUGCAACCAGAAUUGGCUAGAGAUGUGGAUAUGGGACGUACAGGGCCUCUUUCUUAUGCUCAGGCUGUGGAGAAAGCUUUGAGAGCUGAACACAGGGAAGAAAAGAUAACAAAAGCUAAAGCUGCUAGUAGUAUGCCUCGUAGAGACACUCCAUUCAACAAAGAACAAAGUCGCUUUCACAAUGACAACAAAAGAGGGUCCCAGAAUUUCCAAUUUAGACAAGGACAGAAUAAGAAAUUUAAAGGAGAGUUGCACGAUUAUGAGGUGAUUUUGGGUAUGGAUUGGCUUUCAAAGUAUAAUGCCACUAUUGAUUGUAGAAAGAAAACAAUGAUAUUUAAGCCUUCGAAGGAAGAUGAGUUUAUGUUUAUUGGAAGGACAUCAAAAAGUUGCAUUCCUUUAAUUUCUGUUAUGAAGGCCAGGCAACUGUUGGAAAGUGGAUGUAUGGGUUAUCUCGCCAAUGUGGUUGACACUUAUAAGGAGCAAAAGUUAAAGCCAGAAGAUGUACCAGUAGUUAGAGAUUUCUUAGAAGUGUUUCCAGAAGAUUUACCGGGAUUUCCUCCAAACAGAGAAAUUGAAUUUGUGAUCGAGUUACUUCCUGCAAAUGUAGUUGCAGACGCACUGAGUAGAAAAUCUCAUGGUAAUGUGUCAUUUUUGAGGAAAUUGACAAGACCACUUCAGGAGGACAUGUGCAGAGCGGAGAUUGAGGUAAUCAUAGGAAGAUUAUCAGUAAUGACUAUUCAGUCUACCUUGUUAGAAAGUAUCAAACAAGGUCAAUGUGAGGAUCCUUACUUGGAGGAACAAAAAGGUGAAUUGGAAAGUGGGAAGGUCAAUGAGUUUAGUGUGUCAUGUAAUGGGAUGCUAAAGUUCAAGGAAAGAGUUUGUGUCCCUAAUGAUGAGGGGUUGAAAAGAGAAAUCCUUACCGAAGCUCACAAUACUUUGUAUUCAAUACCAAAGUGGAAAUGGGAAGAGAUUGCUAUGGAUUUUGUAGUUGGAUUUCCAAAGACUUCUAAACAACAUGAUGCUAUUUGGGUUAUAGUAUACCGAUAUACCAAAUCAACACACUUUCUUCUGGUACGCAUGACUUAUACUAUGGAUCAGUGGGCUGAAUUAUAUGUUCAAAAGAUUGUUAGACUACAUGGAGUGCCAGUAUCUAUAAUUUCAGACCGGGAUGCUCGAUUUACUUCAUUGUUUUGGGAAAGUUUGCAAAGAGCAUUAGGCACAAAAUUGAAGUUUACUACAGCAUAUCACCCCCAAUCUGAUGGACAAUCUGAAAGGACCAUUCAAACUCUUGAAGAUAUGAGUAGACAAAAGAGUUAUGUUGAUCGAAAGCGAAGAGAUGUGGAGUUCAACAUUGGGGACAAGGUAGCCUAUAGACUGGCAUUACCACCAUCAUUGUCAAAUUUCCACGAUGUUUUUCAUGUAUCAUUAUUGAGAAAAUACGUUCCAGAUCCUUCACAUGUGCUAAACUACGAGCCAAUAGAAGUUGAACAAGACCUAACAUAUGAAGAAAAACCAGUGAAAAUUCUUGACAGAAAAGAGAAAGAGUUGAGAAAUAAGAACAUUUCACUAGUGAAGGUAUUAUGGAGAAGUUCAAAUAUUGAGGAAAUGACAUGGGAACGGGAAGAUGAAAUGAGAUCCAAAUACCCAGAGUUAUUUGGGUAA